ACCUGCGCGCCGUCGCCCCAGCCCCGCCCCCGAGAGCCGAGAGCUGUUGGCAGCCGAGGUCUGGCUACGCCCGUCUCCUUACCGGCUUGUUUACUACCAUGCCGCUGUACGAGGGCUUGGGGAGCGGCGGAGAGAAAACGGCGGUCGUGAUAGACCUGGGAGAGUCUUUUACCAAAUGUGGAUUUGCUGGAGAAACUGGUCCAAGAUGCAUAAUUCCUAGUGUGAUAAAAAAAGCUGGCAUGCCUAAGCCUAUCAAAGUUGUACAAUAUAAUAUCAAUACAGAAGAAUUAUAUUCCUACCUAAAGGAAUUCAUCCACAUACUGUAUUUCAGGCAUCUAUUGGUGAAUCCCAGAGACCGCAGAGUUGUGGUUAUUGAGUCGGUAUUAUGUCCUUCCCACUUCAGAGAGACACUCACUCGUGUUCUUUUCAAGUAUUUUGAGGUUCCAUCUGUCUUGCUUGCUCCAAGUCAUCUAAUGGCUCUUCUUACACUUGGGAUAAACUCUGCCAUGGUCCUGGAUUGUGGAUAUAGGGAAAGCCUGGUGUUACCUAUAUAUGAAGGAAUCCCAGUACUAAAUUGUUGGGGGGCACUCCCCCUAGGAGGAAAAGCUCUUCACAAGGAGUUGGAAACUCAACUAUUGGAACAAUGUACUGUUGACACAGGUGCUGCUAAAGAACAGAGCCUUCCCUCUGUGAUGGGUUCAAUUCCAGAAGGUAUCUUGGAGGACAUUAAAGUGCGCACUUGCUUUGUUAGUGAUCUGAAGCGUGGACUAAAAAUCCAAGCAGCAAAAUUUAAUAUUGAUGGGAAUACUGAGCGUCCCUCACCACCUCCAAAUGUUGACUACCCAUUAGAUGGAGAGAAGAUUUUACAUGUCCUUGGAUCAAUCAGAGAUUCGGUUGUGGAAAUCCUUUUUGAGCAAGAUAAUGAAGAGAAAUCAGUUGCCACUUUAAUAUUGGAUUCCCUUAUGCAGUGCCCAAUAGACACUAGGAAGCAACUAGCAGAGAACUUGGUAGUCAUAGGUGGCACGUCUAUGUUGCCAGGAUUCCUCCACAGACUACUUGCAGAAAUAAGGUAUUUGGUAGAAAAACCAAAAUAUAAAAAAAUACUUGGCACCAAGACAUUCCGAAUUCAUACUCCACCUGCAAAGGCUAAUUGUGUAGCCUGGUUGGGAGGAGCUAUUUUUGGAGCACUGCAAGACAUACUUGGGAGCCGUUCAGUCUCAAAGGAAUAUUAUAACCAGACAGGCCGUAUACCUGAUUGGUGUUCUCUUAAUAACCCACCUUUGGAAAUGAUGUUUGAUGUCGGGAAGGCUCAACCACCUCUGAUGAAGAGAGCAUUUUCCACUGAGAAAUGAAAGUUUGAUUAAAAUUCAGCUUUGCUUCUUUUCAAAUAUCAAUUACAAGCAAACUGUACAAAGUAUAUAGGGUGGUGUUAGAGAUGACUUUAGUAGAAGUGCAAGCGUUUCUGUAAUUAUACUUCACAUUAGUAUUUAAUCAUUUUGCCUUUGGUGUAAUGGUAGAAUGGUAGCUGAUGCUUAUUGAAAUUAGUUGUAUUUAUAUCAAUAAAAUAUAGUAAAGCAGUUAA